GGUAAUUUUAGCUCGCGCCUUUGCGUCCGACCAGAGUGGCAUGGCGGAGCCGAUGACGCCGCCGCCCGUGACGACGCGAUCGUCGUCGUCGAACCCGCUGCAGAUGGUCAUCCAGCGCCUCCAAGGCGAGUGCGAGAUGCUGCGCGCCGAGAAGCGCGAGGUCGAGCGCAAGCUGUCGCAAGAGCAGCAGAAGGCGGCGCGCGUCCUCAUGGAAGGCAACGAGAUGCAGCGGCGCUGCCUCGUCGAGAACCAAAAGCUUCAGAGCGACGUGAUCCACCUCAAGGAGAAGGUGCGUGAGGCCCAUAGCAGCAUCGAGGUGCUCACCGAACGCAUGGCGCGCACCGAACACAACGAGCGCCAGACCCACGAGCGCUGCGCGACCUUGUCCGACAUCAUCAAGGACCUCGAGGCCGAGGCCGACCGCGCGCGCCGAACCAUCUAUCACUUUGAGCAAGAGGUCGAGCGUGCCAAGGUCGCUGUCGCCCACGCCACCGCCGAGCGCGACGAUGUUCUCGAGCGCACCGAAGCCGACGCCAAGCGCGUGCGGCAGCUAUGGGAAGAGACGCUCUCGCAGCACGCCGCGCAGCUCCGAUCCAUCCAAGACCAAGCGGCAAAGGCGAAGCGUGAGGCCGCCCACCACACCAAGCGCGGCGCCGACAAAUCCGCGACCAUCAAGGAGCUGCAGGACAAGGUCGCUGCCGCCACGAGCACGAUCGCCCAAGACGCGCACCGCUACGAGCUCCUCGAACGCGACUUGAAAGCGACCAAGACCGAGCUGCGGCACGCCCAAGAGCAGAACACCAAGCUGACCGAGUCCGUGCAGUCGAUCGCGAUGCAGCUCGAGACACAUGUCGGCAUGCUACGCGCCACCGAGAGCCGGCUGCACGAGGCUGCCGAAGACGCCGAAGUCCAGCGCCGGUUGCGGCGCGAGAAAGAAACCCAGCUCGACGACGUCCUCGGAGAGCUUGACGCGCUUCGCUCCGAGUUUGUGACGAGCCUCGACGCCCACGAAACGCUGGUGCGAGAGCUGCAACAAGAGAUGGCGCGGCGCAGUAGCGACCAAGCCCAGCGCAUCGCGGCGCUGGAGGCCGAGCAAACGUACGCUGCGUCCGUCUCCGCCAUGCUCGGCGGACACAUUGGCGACUACAACAAGGUGCUGACCUCGGUCAACCACAAGCUCGCCGACAUGCAGGAUCGCAUGGAGCCGCCCGAGAUCGCCAAGCCACCCCACACGCCGCGACGACCGACCGAGGAUACGUCUAUGAGUAUCUUCGCACACUAA